AUGGCGGACGUCGCCACGUGUGCAGCUCCGCCGAUAGACGACACGCAUUUGCACCAGCUCGCGCCCCUCCCGCAGCACCAUUCCCCGCAGCAGCAGGGUGAAGUCGCGGACUCGCGCGGAGGCCACUUGACCCGCCGACUGCUAAGCCUCGGCUUGCCGCUCCGCGCGGCUGCGAAGCGCGCCAUGCCGCCCGGCGAAUCGCCCAGGCGUCGCUGGGUGGUGGAAGUGCCUCUGUCCACCGCGCUCCACGUCACCGACAGCGAGUCGACGGCUUCAUUGGGUCGAUGCGUGGAGGACGCGUGGACUGUGGUGCAGCGCGCCGUUGCUGACGUGGCUCGGCAACAAGCCACGUCGCAGGUGGUGCUGGUGCUGGUGGCGGUCGUGCCAUCGUCGGCCACGGGAGUCCCCGGCGAAGGGGAUAGGGGGGAGGAGGGGAAGCAAGGCGGCGAGCGCGAGGGGGAGGAAGGCGUGGAGGCGUGGGUGGUGCAGCGCGUGCUGCGACCGCUGGUGCAGCGAGCGACGCGAGCCAAGGUGCUUGCCGCCUUCCACGUAGAAAGGGCAGCGUCGCAGGGCGGAGCUGGCGGUUCACGGUUGCCACAUCAGCAGCAGCGUGUGCACGGCGUGUGUGCCGCUGCGCGCCACUUCGACGCGGCGCGCGUGUACCUGCCAUCCAACCUCUUCACCGCAUCCAACAGCUUUGACUCCGCCGCCGAAUCUUCCCCCGAAUCCGCCGCUUGCCAAGCUUCACAGGCAGCAGUGCUAUCUCCCUGCGCAGCCACGGAGCCCCCCCCUUCGCCUGCGCUGAUCCGCGCGCUGCUGCCCCCGCAGUGCGCGCUCAUCAUGACCGCCUCCGCGCGCCGUCAGCCCGACGGGGCGAGAAUAAGCGCGGAGGCGGGCAGCAGGGGCGCGGGCGGGGAUGGGGGACGGGGGGAAGCAGGCCUCCGCGAUGGCAGGGGCGGGCGCGAGAGGCCAACGGCGGUGGCAGGUCCCGGUGCCUUCGACGGCGACCUGUUCCCGUCGUUCUCUCGCACCACGGCAGCUGGUGACGGUGCUGCUGCUGGUAGUGUUGCUGUUACCGUUGGUGGUGUUGCUAGUAGUGACGGUAGUGGUGGUGGUGGUGGUGGCGCUGCUGCUGGUGCUGCACGUGUCGCGUUGGGCGAGGAGGUAGGACGGCGGGGAGGGGCUCGCGUUGGUAGUGUUCCGCCCGCCGCCAUCGCACGGGCGCGCUUACAGCAGCCCACCGCACAGGCGCCGACGAUGCGGCAAGGCCAGGGGCAGGCGCAGGGAGUGGGGAGAGAAGCAGGCAGAAGCUGCGCAGGGACGGCGGGGGAGAUGGUUUCCGCGGAGCGGAUGCGGAGGGCGCAGGAGGAGCGCGGUGCGGUGAUGAGAAGCGAGGCCGGUGACAGGUUGGGCCCGGGGGGAGGCGAUGGCGGGGUGGCUGGGGGUGAGGGGGGAAGUGCGCAGUGGCGCGUACAGAAUUCCGCCAUGCCGCUGCAGCGUCGUGGGGCGGGAGGGGCGCACGACGGCGGCGGCGCGGCUCGUAGUGCUGGGCGGGAACAGCCUGUGCCAGGACGCGCAUUAGCGGAUAGGCAUUCGGGGCCAGGAAACUCGAGGAGCGGCCCACUGCCGGCUGUGCUGACAGCAGAUCGCGGUGACGGUGGCGGUGCGGGGCAGGCGCGGAGAGGGGGGGAGGGUGCGGGAUGGAUUCGCGGGGGCACGGGCGGAGAGCAGGAUAGAGAAGGCGGAGUAGUGAGACAAGCAGGCGGCGCUGGGCUGUCGACAGGGGGCGCGCGGUCGGGGCCAAUGCAGCUGCUGGGUGGGGCCGCGCAAGGGUGGUCGCAACCUGGGAAGCAGCAGCUGCAGCCGCAGCACAGCGGGCAGCAGCGGCAGGGUAAGGGGGAGCGUGAGCGGUGGAAGGGUGUGUUAGCGGGGGUGGGCGGAGGAGAGGCAUGGGCGGAGGCGGCGGAGGUGGAUUCGCAGCUGACGCAGUGGCUGCUGGGGAAGGCGGCGCCCGCGCCCCUGUCCCCGUCCCCGUUCGUUCCCCCGCGCUCACCUCACUCUCUCAGCGCAGGCCACGGCAUGCCGUCGCCCCUCUCCUCCCCGCCCCCCGCCUACCCCGCCUACCCCGCCUUCGUACCCGCCAGCCACACCAUGCCGAUAGGGCCGUCGCCCCCAGGCCACGCCAUCCCCCCCUCCGUCUCCGCUCCCCCGGGUUCGCCCAUGCCUGUUCCAUGUGCCGCCACCUCGCCCGUCACCCCUCCGCACGCCGCACAGCGCGUAACAGGGUCAAGUAGUGGCAGUAUCAGCGGCAGGUAUGGUGAAGAGAAUAUGCCUGUCAAUCCCGCAGCAGCAGCAGCGGCAGGAGCUAGUGCAGGCGUGACAACAUACCACUCCCCCGCCACUACUCCCCCUUCUCUUUCUCCUUCCCCGUCGACCCUCACGGCCCCCCGAUCUCCCUGGUCUCUCCCGCGCGGUCCCCGCCUCCCCGCCGCCACGCCGCUCCCCGCCGCGCCUCCGCCGGUGGUGAAGGAGCGCGCCAAGGGCGGGUUGUUCCAGCGCCGCCAGCUCAAGCGCGGGGGCAGCGAGGGCUGCCGCAGCGUUCUCGACGCCGUCGCGGUAGCCUCCUCCGCCCGCUCCCCCGCCGUUCCCCUUUCCGCGCAUUCCUCCUCCGUGCUCCCCAUCUCCCCCAUUUCACCUCACACCUUCUCCGCCACCGUCUCCCCCAUCCGCGCGUCACUCUCCCCGGAUCCCUCCGCCGCCGCGGGCGCGGCACCUGGCGCGCUCAUAUGGGGCGGGGAAGUGUUUUCGCAUGGGGCGUGGAGCGGAGGGGGCGCGGCGGGAGUGACUGCGGAAGUGGGGAGCGAGGAGCGCGAGAAGGGGGAGCGGCAGAUGGCGGGGCGGCAGCUGGUGGUGCAGGCGCGGGAGGUGGUCAGGGGGGAGGGAGCGGGCAAGGAACCAGCGGGGGGCGGGAAGGGGGAGGUGGGGGAAGAGGGCGAGGGGAGGAAAGCGGCAGCUUGCCCGAGCGAGGGGGAGGGCGAGAAAGCACGAGAGGUGGUGGCGGCGGCGGCUGCGCGGCGGUGGCUGAUGGACGAAUUGGCGGCGCUGGGCGUGGACAGCGGGGAGGAGAGCGGGGCGGGGGAGGGGGAGGACGAGGGGGAAGGGGAGGGCGCAAGGGAGAAGGGCGCGCGGGAGCGGGGCGUGCGAGUGAGCGGGCUGGAGAGGCGCGUGGUGAGCCGUCGGUCGCCCACCAGAGAGCAUCUCGCCCCCACGCGCGCGCCCUCGCUCCUCAGCCAUGUCUGUACCUCUCCAACCCCCUUCCCCCACCCCCACUGCCCUCGUCUCACAUUCCUUCUCCUUCCCCUCUCCCUCAUUGCCUUUCCCCCCGCUUCCUUCUCCCCUCACUUUCCCCCAUUCCCUCCUCCCCUCCCGUCCUCGCCGUUACAGCGCAAUCCCAGCCGUCUAUCGCGCUCCUCGCUCUCCCUGCCGCGCCACUCCGUACCACUGCCCGCCCAAGUGAACCCCUCAGCACCCGCGCCUGCCGCCGGCUCCUUCUCGGGGCCGUUACGCCUGGGCGCCGCCAAUACCGCGGGUAGCGCGGGCGCCGCUAGCAGCGCGGGCAGACGGGCGGCGGGCGCAGGGGAGCGACAGGGCGAAGGGGGAGUGGGAAGGGAAGGGAGUGAGAGGCAGCGAGCGUGGGAGGGGGCAGCAGGGGGGCCGGGCGAGGAGAGCGGGGAGGGAAGGGGGAUUCGAGAGCAGCAGGUGAAUGCGCAUACUGGCGGCAGUGGUGGCGUUGAUGGUGGCAGCGGGGAUGGUGGCAGGGGUGCGUCCUGCACGUUGCUUGAGCGCCCGCCCUCCCCCGCUCCCUGGGUAUGUUUCGCUCGUGCGCGCCCGCUCUGUCUGUCCCCCACGCCAUGCCAUCCCGCACUAUCCCCCGCCACGUGUUCUGCAGUCUCCGCAGAAUCACUUUCUCCACUCCGUCUCACUUUGUUUCACCCUCCCCUCCCGUUCUUCUCCCCCCGCUGCCCCUGCCAGGUCCCUCGCCCCGGCCAAUCGUCCGCGCGCCUCGCCCGCACCAGCAGCUCCAUCUCCUCUGCUGCGCGCCCGCCUUGCGCUGCUGCCACGGGGGGACGACUUGGGGGGGGGAUGGGCGGGAGCACAGGCGGAAACGUAGGCGGAAACCCAGGCGGGAGCAUGGGCGGGAGCAUGGGGGGGGGCAUGGGGACAAACAUGGGGGGGAGCAUGAGCGGCAGUUGGAUCAAUCCGAACAUGCGUGCAGGCACAGCGGCGCCGGGAGGAAGGGGGGUAGCAGGGGCGGGGAGACAGGGACAACCGGGCAUGGGGGGAGUGCGGCGGCCAGCAACAGGAGCCGGCAGCGUAGGCAGCGUAGGCAUGAGGGGCAGCAUAGGCGGGAGGAGUGCGAGCAUGGAGGUGGCGCGUGCGCGGCUGCUGGCAUCAGAUGCGGCGCUCACAGACGCCAUCCUCACAGGCGCCCUCAUGCCGCCCCCCGCCUCCUCCUCCUCCGCCUCCGCCUCCCUGCGCUUCCCCCAGCGCGCACAGCACGGCAGUACCGCCAGUGCUAGCAGCAACGGCGGUGGUAUGGUUGCAGCAGGCAGCCCCCUCCAGAGCACUGCCACCACUCCCACGGGCGGCAGUGGCAGAAGCAGCGGCAGUGGCAGCGGCAGGAGCCCGGCGCGGCUGCCAGCCGGGCAGCGGUCUCGCGUGUUCACCCCCGCAGACCUGGCCCGUGCCACCGACAACUUCCACUCGUCCCGCCUGGUGGGGUCAGGUGCAUACGGCCCCGUGUUCCGCGGCGCCAUCCACGGCUGUGACGUGGCCGUCAAGCGCCUGCGGGCGCGCGAGGGGCGCGCGCACAGCGAGGGGCGAGAGGCGUUCAAGCGCGAGGUGCAGGUGCUGAGCCGCGUGCGGCACCCCAACGUGGUGCUGCUCAUGGGGUGCUGCCCGCAGGACCUGUCGCUCGUGUAUGAGUUCAUGGCCGGGGGGAGCCUGCAGCACCGGCUGGCAGCGCAGCACAAGCGGGGCGCGCAGGAGCAGGAGAAGGCAGGGAGCAGCGGCGGCAAGUCCCCGUCCUUCUCCUCUUCCUCCUCGUCCGGCCAGCUCUCCUCCCUUUCCCCCAUGUCCCCUUCCCCCCCCGCCUCCCCCAUCGCCUCGUCGCCGGCCCCACUGCCAUGGCACGACCGGCUGCGCAUUCUCUCCGAGGUGGCCUCGGCGCUGCUGUACCUGCACCGCUGCUCGCCGCCCAUCGUGCACCGCGACUUAAAGCCCGACAACAUCCUCCUCGACGCGCACGGCACCAGCAAGAUCGCGGACGUGGGGCUCGCAUGCCUGCUGCGGGACGGCAGCACGGUGGUAACCACACACCGCAUGCGCGGCACCGUGGGAUUCAUCGACCCGGAGGCCAUUGCAUGUGGCGAGCUCUCCCCCGCCUCCGAUGUGUAUGCGCUGGGGGUAGUGGCGCUUAUGCUGCUCACCGGUGCCGACUCCCCCAAGCACGUGCACCGCCUCCUCGCCCUCUGCCCCACUACCAUCUCCUCCCCGCCUCCCCCCUCCCCCACCACCCCUCACGCCACCGCUGGCACCGACAGUGACUGCGACCCGCCUCUGACGCCCAGGAGCACCCUGCCGGCAGUGCCAGUGCGCGACCUGCCCCAGUCAGUGGCCAUCCUGCUGCCGCACCUGGACCCGGUGGCGGGCGCGUGGCCUGCUGACGUGGUGCAGCGGGUGCUGCGGGUGGCGGUGCGGUGUGUGGAGCGGGAUGCGCGCAUGCGGGCUGACCUGGCGGGGGAGGUGGUGCCGGCGUUCAGUGAGGCGGCUGCUGCUGGCCGGGCUGAUGUGACGCGGCGCAGUGAUGCUCUUGAGAGCACUCUCGUGUGCCCGCUCUCCAAGGUAGCACAAGCUCGUUUCCUUCUCACUCUCCAGUGUUUUGUUCUUCACUCUUCCUCACUACUCUCUUGUCAACUCACUCACUCCCCGUCUUCUCCCCCUCUGCUCCUUCCCCCUCCCUCCUUUUCAAUGUGUGCAGCAACGCAUGCAGGACCCAGUGAUAGCAGCAGACGGGUUCACAUACGAGCGGCGCCACAUGGAGGCGUGGCUGGCCUCGUCCCUCCUCUCGCCCUCCACCGGCCAGCCCCUCCCCCACCCCGGGCUCACCCCCAACCACCUGCUGCGCUCCAUCAUCCUCGGCUCCCAGGGCAACCAGGCCUCGCGCAACUGAGGCAUCUCCCAGGGCAGGCAUCUCCCAGGGGAGGUGGCAUCCAGGGCAUUGCGCGCAUUCCCAUCCGAAAACUCAUCCCAUUCGCGCGCGUUCCGCCUUCCGCAAGUCGUCGCUCCCAGCGCGCGCCUGCGCCUUCCCGAGCGAUGAAAGCCCCCUCGCAGCCCGCCGUGCCGCCUGCCAUCUUGGCCGCCGGCAGCGGAGCGCGGCGGGGGGAACGGCGUCGGGAGGGCGCGAGGGGCAGUAAGGGGGACGCCUCCGCGGAUUGGAGCGAGAUUGCGGAGGCGGCGGAGGGGCGCGCGGCCGUCGGGGGGAAUUCGCGCAGCAGAGGCGCACGAUCACCCGCCUCGCCACGCUCCCCCACGCAGGCAGUAGUGUCUCCGUGUCACUCGACCCAAGCGCCCCUCUCCCCCCGCCCCGCCUCCCCUCGCCCUUUUUCCUACAACCUGCGCCUCCCUUGCGCGCCUUCCCCCGCCCACCCACUCCUCACCAACCCGCGCGCCCUGCUGCUCGCGCUGCUCCUCGCUGGGGCCCUCGCUCUGUUCGCCCUCCUGCCGCCCUCCGCCCAUCAUAGCACCUCCUCCGAAGCAACCCCGCACUCUGCCGCUGCUGCAGGCACCACCCCCGGGUACUGCCCUCCCUCGCCCCCACCCCGUCCCCUCAUGUUACAUCCCACCAUCCCCAUGCCACAUUCUCUUCCCCCACCUCUUAAUCUUCCAUCCGUCCAUCCAUCCUGCCAUCCCCGGUCCGUGCGCCCCUCUGCCACUCAUCUCUCUCUUCUCUCCCUUCCCCCUUUCCCCCCUUCCCCUCCCCCCACGCGCCCUCUCCUGUGCUUCCCCACGCGCCCUCUCCUGUGCUUCCCCACGCGCCCUCUCCUGUGCUUCCCCAACCUCCUGCAGCACCACACCUCAGCAGUCGCGGCUCACGUACGUCUGGGAGGGGAGCGAUUUCUCUUUGUCAACGCCUCUCUGCCUCCCUCCGCGCUCCCCCCCUCCGCACUCCCCUCCCCCUCACUGCCGCGCUCCCCCUCCCCGUGGCUCAACGCGGGGGGGAGGCUGGAGGAGUGGGGCGGGAGCGAGGGGCAGUGGCGGCGGGUGGCAUGGAGGGGCGUGAGGGGGAGGGCAGCAGCAUGCGUGGCGCUGAGAGACACAUUUGAUACCGCCAGGGGAGAGUAUCAGCAGGCACUGCAGCUUCACCUGCAGUCCCUGCUCCCCCCGCUCUCCCCCCCUUCCCCCUCUUCUCCUCCCCGCCCCCCCGACCCACCCCCCUCUGCUCUGCGCUCCUCCCUCUCGGCCCUGCGCCAGCGCCUGCUUACCGAGUGUGCUUAUAGCGUGGACGAGCUAGACUUGCCUGCAGAAGAGAGAGGGACGCUCAGACUGAGGGAGGAGGAGAGGAGGACGGGCGGGGGGAAGGUGGGGGAGGGGGAGGGAAGGCAACGGGAGAGACCGGGAGAGGGUUUGCUAGAAGCAGACGGGGGGUGGCGGUGCAGGGGGGGCGAGCAGGGGAGGGAGGCGCGGGCGUGUGUGGGCGUGAGGGCGGGCGUGCAUGUGUGGCAGCGGCGGCGGGAGCUGUUCCCACAGGCGGCAGUGGGCAUGUCGCUGCUGCUGCAGUACUUCCAGCAGCCCUCCAACGUGCUCCCCCUCGUCUCUCGCUUGCACGCCUGCGCUGCUCAGGGGGGAGGCGGUGGGGGCGUGGGUGCUGCAAGUGGCGGUGGUGGUGCUGCUGCCAAGACAGAGGGUGGUGGUACUGGGAACGUGGGUGGGGGCGCGGAGGCACAGCAAGGGCGUGGGCGUGGGAUUGGGGUUGGGGUUGGGGGUGGGGACGGGGGGGCAGGAUGGGAGGUGUGGGAGGGGCUGGGGGGCGAGGUGAGUUGGGAUGAGCGAGGGGUGGGGAAGGGAGGAGGUGCAGCGGCGGGGAAGGGAGGAGGUGCAGGGGCGGGGGCGGCGGAGAAUGGCAGCAUGGCAGGGGGGGUGGGCGGGGGGGGGCAGGCGGGGUACGGGAUAGAGCUGACCGCCACUGUGGAUGAGCCUUCCUCCUGGCCGCUCUGGCUGCAGAUGUGGCGCGACACGGGAGGAGGACAUGGAGGACAGGGGGGAGGACAGGGGGGACAGGGGGGAGGGCAGGGGGGAGGGCAGGGGGGAGGGCAAGAGGGAAGGCAGGAGGGAGGGCAGGGGCCCUCCUUCCUGCGCGUCAUCUUCCGCCACAACACCCACGAGGUCUUCGCUUUCAACCGCGCCGCCUCCGCCUCCCGCGCGCCCCUGCUCGCCCUCCUCCAAGACGACCUGCUCCCGCCCGCCUCCUGCCACUGGCUGCACGCCAUCCUGCACGCCCACGCCACCCAGCCGGCCCUCGCAGCGCUGGGGUACCGAACAGGCAAGGUGGAUGUGGAUAGCCGCGGGGGCGAGGGCGUGCGGGCGUACCAGAGGGAGAGCAGGACGCUUUGGGCGCAGCCGGCGUGGGAGGCGCGGGCGGGGGUGCGGGGGUACAUGGCGGGGGUGGUGGACUCCGGGCCGCUGGUGGUGCGGCGCGCGGUGUGGGAGCGCAUGGGGGGGCUGGAUGAGGGCAUGUCGACGAGAGGGCAGAGUGCCAUGGUGACAGACUGGGUGCUGGCGUUCCAUGUGUGGAUGGCCGGACACAAGGUGGGUGCAUGGGCUGUUGAGGUGCCUCAAAAGGGCAUGCACAAGGGGGGGAUGAGGGCAUGUCCACGAGGGGGCAGAGUGCCAUGGUGA